ACAACUUCCUCAUGCGAAAUGAUUUAUACAGAACUCUGUGAGGCAAAUCACUGCAUUGUUUUCAAACUGAACCAGAGAAAAGCAGUGAUAGAAUAGAAUAUGUGAUAAAAACAGUGAAAAAUGGAAAAUAUAGGUGACAAAAUAGCAAUCGUUGGAAUCGGAUGCAAUUUUCCUGGAGGAGAAGGCAUUGAUAAUUUCUGGAAAGUACUACAUGAAGGAAGAAACUGUGUGGUAGACAUUCCACCAGAUCGAUUCAGCACCAAAUUCUGGCAUGACACAGAUGAAAACAAAGCUGGAAAAAUGAUCACAAAACACGCAUGUUUAAUUGAUGGGUUCAAUGAAUUCGACCACAAACUGUUUAGCAUAAGUCAAACAGAAGCCAACAGCAUGGACCACAAGCUUCUGUUAGAGUGCACAUACAAAGCAUUUGAAAAUGCUGGAAUGCCUCUGGAAGACAUCAGUGGCAGCAAAACAGGAGUUUUCAUUGGACUCAUGAAUCGUGACUAUGAAGGAAUUGCAAACAGUGUUGCAAACAAAAUCACCCAUUAUAAUGGAACGGGGACAUCAAUGAGUAUAGCUGCAAAUCGAAUUUCUUUCACUUUCAACCUAACAGGACCAUCAUUAGCUAUUGAUACAGCAUGCUCUUCAUCUCUUGUUGCUCUGCACUAUGCUUCUCAUGCCAUCAAGCAAGGUGACUGUGAGAUGGCUGUUAGUGGGGGAGUGAGUUGUAUAAUUGAGCCACGAGUUAAUGUGGCACUUAGCAAAGCAAAAAUGAUUUCACCAGAUGGAAUCAGCAAACCAUUUUCCAGCAAAGCCAAUGGAUAUGGAAGAGGAGAAGGUUGUGGAAUUCUUCUGCUGAAGAAGCUUACAAAGGCACAAAAGGAUCAUGAUCAUAUUUGGGGAGUAAUAGUUUGUAGUGCAGUCAAUCAGGAUGGUAGGACAAUCACACCAAUCACCAGACCCUCUCAAAUGCAGCAAGAAGAACUAUUGAGAAGUAUUUACCCAAGAAAUGUUGACCCGUCACAGAUUCAGUACAUGGAGGCUCACGGAACUGGAACACCAGCUGGUGACCCUACGGAAGCAGCCAGUAUUUCAAAUGUUAUUGGGAAAUCCAGAAAUUCACAUUCCCCUCCACUUAUCAUGGGUUCUGUCAAAGGAAACAUCGGUCACACAGAGUCAGCUGCAGGAGCAGCAGGUUUAAUUAAAGUGCUCCUCAUGUUGUACCAUGGAAAAAUUGUACCAUCACUGCACUACUCUGAGGAGAAUGCAAGCAUCGAUGCAAAAGCUUUAAAUCUACAUAUUCCAACUUCUGUGGAAAAAUGGGAAGAAGGUUGGAUGAAAGAGAGGAUGGCAGGGAUCAACUCAUUUGGAUUUGGGGGAACAAAUGCACAUGUGGUAGUAAGACAGUACAAGCAGGAUUCUGUGCAAAACUAUGUGCAAAAACCAUUAGAAAUAUUUGUGCUUUCUGCUGCAUCCCAGAGUUCAGUUAAAAUGAUGUUGGAAGAUUUAAGUCUCCAACUAAAGGAAAAUGAUAACAUAGUGCUCCAGAACCUGGCCUAUACAUCUGCUUGCAGAAGAAGCCAUAAAAAUAACAGAUUCAGAAAGGCAUUUGUGGCGUAUUCUCUUGGGCAUCUACAACAGCAACUUAAAUCAGCCACAGGUACUGAAGUGACUCAGGUAAAGACAGGGCUAAAGCUAAUAUUUGUAUUUUGUGGCAAUGGUGUUUUGUAUCCAGGUAUGUGCAAACAGCUACUGCAAACAGAAGCAGGGUUCAGGACACAAAUUGAGGAGAUAGAACAAAUAUUCAAACAAUAUUUAGACAUCAAAUUGCUAGAUUUAAUUCAAAAUGACAGUGGUGACUUCAUAAACCCAGGCAUAGCACAACCACUGCUAUUCGCCAUUCAGGUGGCAAUUGUAUCUCUUUUGAAGUUUUGGGGAGUGCAGCCUGAUGUUGUUGUUGGCCAUUCAGUUGGGGAAGUUGCUGCAAUAUAUUGUGCAGGAAUGCUUUCAUUACAAGAUGCUGUAAAGGUGGUUUACCACCGAAGUGUGUUACAGUCAACAGUGACAGGGGGUAAGAUGUUGGUAGUUAGCAAUUUAUCUGUAUCAGCGGUGUCAGACAGGCUUGAAUCAUAUUCAGGCAGACUGUGCAUUGCUGCAUUCAAUAGUCCCUCAUCAUGUACAGUAUCAGGUGACGCCAAAGCAAUAGACAAGUUGUACACAGAAUUAUCUAGUUCAUGUGGUGACAAAAACGUAUUCCUUCAUAUUUUAGAUGUUCCAGCAGCAUAUCACAGUCACUUGAUGGAUCCAAUUUUAAGGCAGGUGGAAGAGAAUAUAGGCAACUUAGAAACACAAAAAUUAGAAACAAAAGUAGUUUCCACAGUUACUGGACAGUUUGUUACACGGGAUGACUGCGUCACAGGCAAAUAUUGGGCCAGAAAUAUUCGCAACCCUGUUGCUUUUGAACAAGCCAUAAGAACUGCUGUCGCAGACAUGAAAAGUGCUGUUUUUGUAGAAAUAGGUCCAAGAAGGGCCUUACAAAGAUAUAUCAAAGAGAUUGUAGGGAAUGAGUCUUUGGUCUUGCCUGCAGUACAGCCAGAGAAAGAUUAUGAAACACUGCUUUCAGUUUUAUCAAAACUCUUUGAACUAGGAUACAAUCCUAACUGGCAAAAUAUGUAUGUAGAACGUGAGACUGCUCCAACACUGUAUCCUUGCUAUAAAUUUGAUCGUACCAAAUAUCAGAUCAAUUUUGAAGACUUUAGACGAAGUCAAGAAAAUGUAACAUCUAUCACUCAUCCCUUCCUCUGCAGCUCAAACAGAGAUGGCAAAGAAUACAACUACAUCCUAACAACAGCCACGAUGCCAUAUAUACUACAGCACAAAAACAACAACAUUCCUAUAUUACCUGGCUCAAUUCACGUGGAACUUGGCUUAGCAUCUGCUCUCGCAAACAUUAAGCCUAAGGUACCUCUCAAUUUGUGUCAAAUCAGUAUCACUUUUUUAAAUCCCUGUAUUGUGCAACCAGACUCAACUGAACUCAAAGUGCAGCUGAGCAAUGAAGACACAGUGACCAAGUUUACUGUUUUGGCAUCUACUGCCACUUAUGCAAAGGGAGAGGUUCAUUAUAGAAAGGAAUGCAUUGUUGAAGAAAAUGCUAUUGCUGUUCAACAUAUUUUGCAAAGGGCCAAAGAAAAGUUCAAAGCAGAAGACAUCUACAAAGAGCUCUCUUCUUUAGGCUUCCAGUAUGGAUCAGUUUUCAGAUGCCUUGGGGAUGUGUUCUUUGGGGAUGAAUUAAAGGAAGCUAUUACGUAUAUUAAAGUCCCUGAUGAGAUUGAGUUGCAAAUGUAUGAUUACCACAUUCAUCCAGUCAUUUUGGAUUACUAUUUGCAAAUGACAGCUAUUACAGCAAUGAAAUUGUCAAGCUCUCGAGCAGGAUUCCCAACAUCCAUAAGGAGUUUGACAAUAUGUCGACCAAUGCAACAGGAAAUGAUGAUGUAUUUGAAAACAUGUAAAAGUACCACAGAAUUCUUUGAGGUGUCUGGGGGGUUUACAGAUACAAACGGACUCCUCAUUGCAGAACUAAAAAAUGUCAGAAUUAUGUUUCUGAGCCAUCACAAGUUCACAGAAUUGAACAAUCUAUUCUAUCAGAACAACUGGGAGGAAAUUGUCAGCCUCCCCAAAGUUUUAGCUUCUGCCCCCAAAACAUUGGUAUUUGCAGAUAACUGUGGAAUUGCUAAAAGCCUUCAAAAGUACUUACACAAUCAGUCCUCAUACAUUCCUUACAUGGAACCUAAGACAUUGAUGGACAUAGAACUGAAACAAGUUCUAAGACAGUACAAUGUAAGUGAUUUAAACAACUUUGAUGAAGUAUUAUAUUUUUGGGGGAUGCAAAACAUUACUGAGCAGAGCAGUGAAGCAGUGGUGGAGCAUGUCAGUAGCUGCUGUGAGAUUUAUCGUCAAAUUGUUCAACUAGUUAAAGGGAAUAAAUCCACAAAGUCCAUCAGAACAAUCACAUACAGGACUUCAGAAAAAACAGUGGAUCAAAUCACUCCAGGCUUUGCCUUGUGGGGUAUGAUCAGAUCAUGUGCUGCAGAACUUCAUGAUGUAACUUUCCACCUGGUUGACAUCAGCUCUGUUCUUGACGCAGAUAUAGCAGCAUUAGCAAAUGCAAUUACCCUGCCGGCUGAUUACCCUGAAGUAAUGAUUAAACUUGGAAAGAUGUAUACAUCUUACGUCAGACACAUGCCCAUUAAAAUGUCUGAUGAUGUACAGAAGAUGGUUCCUUACUCUAGUUUUGGAAAUGUUGUUUUCCAGACGAUGGAUCCAUACAAAGUUGUAAAUUUUCAUGCAAAGCUACAACAAAACAAAAUGAAUAAACCUACAAAACAAACUGCAUGUGUUAAAAUUGAGAACAUUUGCAUCCAUUCGUCAGAUUAUUUUCCAGUCAGUGUCUCAGAUAUGAACUUUGGACGGACAUUGUACUGGAACGAAUUUAUGACAGAAGGACAUAAUCUACUUGCUCUUGACUUCAGUGGUACAAUCACAGCAGUUAGCAGUGAUGUAAAGACCUGCAAAGUAGGUGAUCAUGUUGUUGCAUGUUACCCAGUUGCUGCAUCUUCAACAGUCACCGUUUCUGCUUCUGUUUGUCACAAAAGCAGUAAAAUUUCAGUACUGAAACAGACACCAUGUGUUUCAUACUUCAUGCUUGCAUGGGAAAUACUCCAUAACACUUUGCCUCAAAAUAAAUAUCACAAAUUGGUAAUUAUUUCCAGUGAAAUUGAAUCAUGUUUGAGUCAGGUGGUGUCUGCAGCAGCUAAUGCUUUGGGCUGGAGAGUUCAAAUUGAACGUAAUGACGUUUCACAUGCUUCUACUCAUUCUGAUGCAUUGAUUUUCUUGCCUCCUAUUAAGGCUUCCUUAGUUGCGAAGUAUGUCAACAACUCUUCUGCUCAACAUGUUGUCGUCCUCUUUGACAACAAUCAUGCGCUUGACACUUCCCAAAGCAUUCCUGGUUGUGAAAGGGACAAUGUUUAUAUUAACAUUUUACAAGUAGCUAACAUAUUUCAGAAAGGAUAUCUUACAAAAUUUGCACACCAUGUUUACAAGUGGAUCAGAUCGAUGCACUUGAAAAAGAAACAUCUUGAUUUACCAAAAGUUAAUUUUCAGCAAAUGGUCUCAAAUGUGGAUGACUGCAGGGAAGAAUCAUACUUCACCUGCAAAGCUAUUUCUAUUGUAGAUCUUAAGAGUACAUCAAAAAGCACUAUGCCAGAGAUACCAGUGUACUGCAGUCAAAAACAACUUUUUAGAAAUGAUGCAGCAUAUGUAGUCACAGGGGGACUUUCAGGGCUUGGCUUUCUGACAGUAAAUUUCAUUGCUAAACACGGUGGUGGACAUGUGAUUAUUCUGUCAAGACGCUUUCCUUCUAGGGAGAUGCAGGAAGAAUUUAGAAAUAUCUGGAAUAAUUUUGGUACUAAUGUAGUUAGCAUAGCCUGUGAUGUCUCAGUGCUUUCGAAUGUUGAAAAAGCAAUGAAUACCUUUCGUCACUCCUUCCCGAAGGUUCCAAUUAAAGGAGUUUUUCACAGUGCUGUGGUAUUACAUGAUGCACUUCUUCAAACUCUGAACAAAUCGGUAUUUGAAAAAGUUCUGAAUCCCAAAGUUGCAGGAGUCCUGAAUCUUCACCAUACAACACGAUGCUUCCAGCUGGACUAUUUCGUAUGUUACUCAUCAAUUGCAUCAUUUACUGGAAAUUCUGCCCAGACAAGCUAUUCUGCAGCGAACUCAUUUCUUGACUUCUUUAUCCACUACAGAAGAAACCAAGGGCUUGUGGGGCAAACUUUGAACUGGGGUGCACUAAACCUUGGACUAUUAGACAAUAAUUACAGCGCCCAAAGAUAUCUGGAAUCAAAAGGAAUAAUGAUUAUGGAACCUUCAGAAAUUUCCGAAUGCCUUAAGCAUUGCUUGGUGUUGGAUAAUCCACAACAAGCAAUAUGCAAAUUUAAUUUCCUAACUUUAUAUAGGUUUGGUGAAAAUCCAUCCCUCAAAGCACGAUUCUUUUCACUUGCACAAGAUCAAAUAAGUAAGACAGAUGUCAAUCAACAGCCAGUUGUAUCUAGUAAUUCAGCAAUGACAUCUGAACAGUAUGUUAUUUCAUUGUUGUGUGAAGUCAGCAAUGCUGAUCCUGCAGAUUUUACAAAAGAAACAAAUCUCUCUAGUUUUGGCCUUGAUUCCAUGCUAAGUAUGACAGUGCAGAGUCGUAUUUAUGAGGAAAAAAACAUCAGCUUGCCACUGGUAACAUUUCUUGAUCCAAAGACUACAAUACAUUCUGUGGUAUCACUACUUGAAGAGAAAAGUACUGUUCAGCCACAGAUUGAAGACUUGAUGUUGCCACACUUUGAGAGCAAAUCUCUGUGUGAUACAGAUGAUGAAUACACCCAGUUGUAAAAUAGUUAGUUACCCUGAUGAAGGAGAACUUAAUAUUUCCAUGUGUGGAAAAUGCUUUUGCAACAAUCCACCCAGAGUGGUUAUGCAAUAAUGCCUCCUAGCUAAACAGAAAUUGCUGGAAAAAGGUCAGCAGGUCCGACAGCAUCUACGGAGAGAAAGCAGAGUUAACAUUUUGGUUCCAGGAUGAUCACUAGAUUCAAAAUGUUACCUCUGCCUCUCUCCAUAGAUGCUGCCAGAACUGCUGAAUUUUUCCAGCAAUUUCGGUUUUUGUUUCUGAUUUCCAACAUCUGCCGUUCUUUUUUUUAAUUGCUCAGAGUUAGAUAGUUACACAGCUUACAGAUUCUGAAUGCUAUCUGACUCAACUAAUGAUUAGAAAUUUACUUCAUAGUUUAACAAGCAAAUAUACUAAAAAAAAUUCACAGAAAUUUUCCUUCGUGACUAAUUCAUGUAAAUCUCAUAAUUUAAGAAUCAGAGAAGAAUUGCUGCAAAAUUGCUCAAUAUGAGCUGACUUACUGUUGAUAAGAAAGAUGAGCUAUAUUAUUCCUCUUAGAGAACAUGUUUAUCUUAAUUUGUCCUUCUCUACCAUAAAAAAUUGAUAUCAAUGUGCCAUUUAGAAUUUUGUAAAGAUUGUUUUGAAAAUUUAUAUUGCAACAGAAUGCUUGCCCUGUAUGUUAAACAAUUCACCUGUGCUGGCUUUGGAUAAGUAUGACUAAGUGAAUUAUAGUACAAUUCAAUCCGUUUCUAUUUGCAUCUUAUAGCCUGUGAAGAGAACAAUAUGGUAUUAGCAUCAUUCAUUAUUUAGGCAUAUAUUCACUAAAUGUCAAUUUGUUCUGGAUUUCCAACUGACAGGUUAUGAAAGGUAUAAUUGUCUUGAUUAAAAUAAUAUAAAAUUAUUUUAGAGAGAUUUGGCCUGCUGUGUUCAUCCAGCUCUACACCUUGUUAUCUUAUAUAAAAUUAUUAUAGUAGUACGAUGUACAUGGAUGUAAUUUUGAAUGUGUUUGGCAAACUGCAAAAUAAUAAAAA